AUGAACCCGCAGCCUCCGGUCUUCAGCGGCUACCAAACCGCCGACAUGGCCAACAUGCCCGGCAACGGCGCCCACUGGUUUCCCCAGGAUCUCGACUACGGCUACGACAACGACGACCAGGAUGCCGACGGCGACGGCGACAAUGCCGGCGCUGGCGACAACGACAAUGAAGGCGGGGAAAGUCGCGAUCCCAAGCGCAGGAGAAUUGCUCGCGCGUGCGACAUGUGUCGCAAGAAGAAGAUCAAGUGCGAUGGGAAGAUGCCCAAGUGUAGCCAUUGUGAGAAUUACAAGACAGAGUGCAUAUUCACGCAUGUGGAGAAGAAGAGGGCGCCACCCAAAGGUGCCAAGUAUAUUGAAGGAUUGGAGAAUCGUUUAGGCAGGAUGGAGAGUUUGUUGCGCCUGUCUGGCUUGUUGGCGGAGGACGAUGGCGGUCGGACAGAUCUUGGGACGUUGGAGAAGAGAUUGGCGGAGAGGCAACAUCAGAGUACUUCGAGCCCGAAUUCGAAUGAUUCUUCCAAUCGACGCAUAAGCAAAAAUCAAGACGCCAACACCCCGGGAGUGCAGGAAUCUAAUGAACAGAAUGGGAGCCCGGCGCAGAAUGGAAAUGCGAAGUCGCCUAAUGUGCCCAAUGGCCAGGACAACGUGUUCAAGCGGGAUCAGAAAGAAGUUGAUGCGCUGGCGGACCAGAUGUGCAGUCUCAUCACCAACAACUGCGGAGAGACUCGCUACAUCGGCUCAUCAUCCGGGUUCAGUAUAUUCAGUCCCAAGGGUAUACAAUGGGUGAAUGAAAAGACGGGGGACAACAGCUUUCAGCAGAUGAUCGCGGUCGCCUCGUCCGAGGACAAGCAAGGAUGGGAUCAUUGGAAACCAGAAGUCUUUAACGAUCUCUUCCAGAGACGGAUAUUCAAGCCUCUGCCCGGUCGCCAGGAAUGCUACGCGCUGUUGAAGGACUAUUUCGAGAACUUCAACUGCAUGUUUCCCCUCUUCCAUGAACCGACGUUCAUGCAUCUCGUCGAUAAGCACUACUCCCUGGAGCCCUACGAUGGGUCAGGUUGGUGGGCUAGCUUGAACGUCGCGCUUGCAAUAGGGCACAGGCUGAGGGUAAUGAGCAAUGUGGUCGGGCAAGAGGAGGAUGAGAUCGCGUGGGCGUAUCUGAAGAACGCGAUGGCUGUCAUGUCUGAGCUGACGAUGCGCAAUACUGAUCUGCUGUCUGUGCAGGCUUUGCUGGGAAUGGCUCUCUUCCUGCAAGGCACUCCUAACCCACAGCCUAGCUUCUUCCUCGUCGCUGCUGCUAUUCGAUUAGCACAUUCGAUCGGUUUGCACAAGCGUGGUUCGGGAUUCAACCUCAAUGAAGUCGAGAACGAGCAGCGCAAGCGUGUGUUCUGGAUUGCGUAUCUCAUGGACAAGGACAUAUGUCUGCGCUCUGGACGGCCGCCUUCGCAAGACGACGAUGACAUGAACGUUGACCUCCCUUCAGAAGACCCGCCUGACAAUGUUGGCAACGUGCCUUUAGCGCAUGAGAAGGAUGGAAAGACAACCAUGAAUCUCUUCCGACUCAUGUGUCAAUUUGCUCAGAUCCAAUCGAGCGUGUACAAGAGGCUGUACUCCGUCAAAGCAAGUCGGCAAAGCGAUGGCGAGCUCCUCAAUACCAUUGGCGAGUUGGACGCUUCAUUGGAAGAGUGGAAAGACAGCAUACCGAUCGACUUCCGACCUGAGCACGAGAUCAAAGCCGCGCAUACGCCAUUGAUAUUGCAUGUUGUUGUGCUGCACUUUGCAUAUUACAACUGCUUAACGACCAUCCACAGGAUGAGUGUACAUCACGGAUACUGGACGAGUCGACUGAGUGACUACGCUAUUCAAGGGCUUAAUGCGAGACCGCUGAAUCCAAGAGUGUUUAUGAGUGCUGCGCUAUGUGUGAAUGCGGCUAGGACGAGUAUUGGGCUAAUUCGCUAUAUUCCGCAAGGUGACUACGCUUGUGUCUGGCUCGUACUCUACUACCCGGUCUCAGCACUGGUCACACUCUUCGCAAACAUACUUCAAAAUCCUCAAGAUGCACGAGCCAGAUCUGAUCUUAAGCUAAUGAGCAGUGUUGUAUCCUUCUUAACCAUGCUGGAGCGAGAUGUCUCAGAAGCCAAUGGCAACGUCCGCCGCAUGCUCUCCGUCUGCGCGGAAUUCGAGCGAAUAGCAAGAGUAGCACUGGACAAAGCAGAGCGAGAAAUGCGCGGCCGCGGCAAGAGAAAGCAAGCCGAACGCGAACGAGACAAGGCCCUCAAAGAGCGCAUCAGCGGCGAAGUCGCCCAAGGCCUCGAAGAAGGCAAGAGCCUCGAGCAAAUGCAAGUCGAAACCCAAGCCGCCUACCGCCGCCCAGUCCAAACCCCGAGCCUCCGAGCCUCCAUCGCAGGGAGUCAAGCAGGCUCCCAAACGGGCAACAGCCCAGCGAGCUGGGGCCACAGUCCCCCCGGGGGCACCGGCCCAGAAUACCAGCGCUCGUCGAGCAAUGCCCGGCCCUCGAACCACCUCCAACAACAGCAACAACAACCGAACGCCUAUAUGCCCUCCCAACCCCCCUUCAACCCCGCCGCCUUCCCCUCCAUGCCCAACGGCAUGGACACGCACCACUUCGCCGGCACGCCUCCCCAACCACCCCCCUUCUCCGCCCCACACCUCAACCCCGCCGACAGCGCCCCCUUCACCAACUUCUCCCCCAGCGCCGGCGACUUCCCCAUGGGCGGCGGCGGCGGCGGCGGCGGACCCUUCACAGGCCCGCCACCCGAUAUGUCCUCCGGCCCCGGCGGUGCUUUCCAGCAACCUUUCGUGCCCCAGGAUCUUUGGCAGAUGCCGAUGACGCUCGAAUGGGAUUGGGCCGAGGGGCUGGGGUUGGGGAGUUUUACGCCGGCGGUUUUUGAGGCGGGCGGUGGGGCGGUGGGCGGUGGGGGGUUUCCGGAUAUGACUGGUCAUCAGGGGAUGGGUGGUGCUGGGGGGCAGCAGUAG